UGCUAAACUUUUUUUUUUUUGAUUAACUUAUAUCACGAUUACUUUUUGCUAAAUUAUAUUACUCUCACCAUCUAGAUUACUUUUUGCUAAACUAAUAAUCAAAUAUAUCACGUGUGCUAAAUUAUUUAACUCAACCAAUACAUAAUUUCAUGUUUGGUUAGGUGCAUAAUUCAAUUCUACAAACCACUCCAUCAUGUGAUUCGCAUUACAUGAUGCAAAAUACUAUAUAUCAGGUUAGGUGAUCAUUAUCUUGCGUUUUUUUUUACAGUAGAGUUGUUAUGAUUUUUCUUAAAAGUAGGAUCAAACAGAUCGUGUUGUCACGAUCAUCCAGUAUGGAUCCAAUGGUAAUAAUAGUUAAAGGGAAUGAGCUCAACUGAAUUGGCCGUGGUUCACAUUGAGAAUGUCAUUUUCUACAUACACAUACAUAUAACAAUAGCAAAAGGUGUAGCUACAAUAUUUUAGUGGUUAUUUGAUAUAUUGGUCAUAAAAAGUCACAAAAUCGUAUUUAUAUGAUUGUGGCUAAAAACAUUUAUGGGUUUCCAUGAGUGUAUAACUACCAUUUAGUCAUAUAUAUUUAGUUAAUUUAGUUAUGAAAUCGUCAUUUAAUAGUUCAUCAUAAUUAUUAAAUAGCCACCAAAUAUUUCACAACUAACUUGUGAUUUGUGUAUAAUUUCUUAAAAAUAAUUUCUAUUUGUUUAAAAUAAUUCCCUGGAUUAACCUAUGAAAAUAACCAAAUAUUCAAUUCAAAAUUAAUAUAUACAUUGACCAAAAGACUUUCCAGAAUUUUUUUCCGGUGGAGAAUACUUCUUCAGAAGUCUUCUACACUAAACACAUCUGAAAAAUUGAAAUAUCAUACCUAGAUUCAGUGAAAGUUUGUUCUUACCUUUGAAGUACUCAUAACUUCUUAAUGAAAAGUAUUCACUCAUUAUUAAACAAAGCCAUCAAAAUUGAGUAAAUUUAAUGAAAACAUAAACAUAAAACCUAAAAAUUUUAGUUUUAAGGAUGAAAUACGAGAGGAUAUAAAAGAUAAAUGAUUUAUAUAUGUAAGAAAUAAGAUAAAAAGAUGUAUAAAUUGAUUUAUAUACAUUUAGAGGUUUUUGUUAUUAAUGGUGGCUGCUGUAAAGACACUGGUAAUUUUGUAAUAAGUGAGGAAGAUGAGAGUGUUUGAGUAAAAUUAUCGAAAUUCAAAAAUUAAAAAUUAAAUAAAUAAUGACAUUUUUUGUGAAUUAGUUGAAGUUUUAAGAUGAACAUGACAAAAAAAAAUUAAAAAAAUUAGUUUUAUGUUUGACAACAAAUAUUUGAUCAUCUUAUAAAGAAAGCCCGCUUGCAAAGCACAAAAUUAUUUUUAGUUAAAAUAUGAUUUGAUAAAUUAUAAUUCCUGAAGAUAAUUUAUGUGAUUUCUUUUAAGUUUUGUAUAUAUUUCAUAUAUAUAUAUAUAUAUAUAUAAUAUUUCUACAUAUAAUCUAUUUAUUUAACUCGUCUUAGAUUAAUUGUAAUUUGUAUUAUCUAACACUGAAAUGAAGUAAUUAAUCAUAUAUUAUACUAAUUAAUUCUUGUGUUCAUGUUCUUAUAAUAGAAAUGAGUUGGUAUGUUUGUUGAACUCAUAUUAUACGUGAUAAAUAUUUUCAUGUUUCAUAUAAUAGUCCGCAAAAUUUUGUAAAAAUAAAAUGUCAACUGUAAUCAAAUCUACCAUAUAAUCAAAUAUUAAUAAAUAUUUUAGUUGCAUGAAAGGAAAGUAAAGUAAGAUAAGGUAAUGCAAGACAUGAUCAGAGAAAACUAAAAAGGCUAAAAAAGAGCUAAAAAAGCUUAGGAAUGCAGCUCUGUAUUUGCAUGGUUUUAAGUACAAUGUUUAGUGAUUUUCUUUGUGUAAUACAUCAAAUGUUCCUUUUUAUUUGACUGGCAAGUAUUCUUUAUUCUUAGUUACCGCAGAACUGGAUUAUCUUUGUCGUUGUGAUUUUCAAGUUCUUGCCAGUUAGGCAAGGUCGGCCUUGAGAUUUUGGGAUCAUGUGGUAAUGUCGAUGUAAUUUUUUUUUUUACAAAUUUGGGAGUCUAAAUUUUAUUUUCUUAAGAGCUUAUGUCAAUAUAGUUUUCUUCAAAAAAUUUGAGGUCAUGUUACAAAUUUUUCACUUAACAUGGCCCAUGACCAACUCUGCAAUUAGGUGAUCCACCAGCUGAUUACCAUAAUCCGAUCACAUAAAACACAUGCACUUGUUCUAAUCUAGUGGAUUUAAUAAAAAAACAAGAUUUAGCAUCAUAUAUUAAUCAUCUAAUCAUAUUUAUCUGCUUAGCCGACAAUUCAUAAUACUAAUUGCAUGAAAGCAAAGUAAAAUUAAAAUAGGAUAAUGCAAGAUAUGAUUAAAGAACACUAAAUGGUUUAAAACUUCAAUAAAUAAAAGAUAAUGCAAGACAAUAUUAAAGAAAAUUAAAGUAAUAUGUUUUAAAACUUCAGUGAAUAAAAGAUAAUGCAGGACAUGAUUAAAGAAAAGUAAAGUAAAUUAUUUAAAAUUUCACUAGAUAAACAUUUCAAGAUCUAGAAACAACUCUUUUUUUUUCUAGAAACAACUUAAAAAUUGUGCUUGAGGUAAAAGAAGAAAAAGAAUAUUAAAACUUAGGUUUAGACAUGUUUUUAAAUUAUUUAUAGUAAAUUGGGUUAAUCCAAACAAACUGGGUCAGACACUUACUUCGUUCUUCUUCACUGAGCUCCAAGAAUACCUACAUGACUUAGUCAUAAUGUAUAUACACAAUGCAUGAUUUACAUCUUAAGAGUUCGAAGAUGUACGUAAAUACAUAUAAAUCAACGUUCAAAUGCAAUGUGUAUCAGUGUAUGCCACAAAAUGAUGCAGAAUGAAGAAAUAAUAAGAGAAAAUACAUGCCAAACUUACAAUCAGGUCAAAAUUUUAUUGGAUCAAUCAGACAAAUUUUAGGUUCAAUUAAUUUCACUUGCGUUAGAGCAAUGUGCAUUGACGCUUUGAAACCAUCUUUUUAUCAAGAAACUUUGAUAUCAUAUUAGUUUCAUGAACUAUCAAUUAGCAUACUUUGGCAAUUAGUAAAUUAGUUUAUGUCUUAUUUUAUUUUUAACCACAGAAAAGUUUAUGUCUCUUUUAUAUAUAUAUCAUAUUAUUGCUUAAUGUAUAAUCUCAUUUAUGAUGCGGGACAUUCCUAAAAAAAACGAAAAAUGAUCACGCUAAUUUAGCCAACAAACAUAUGAACGUAACAUUGUCAUUACGUGCUCAAGACUAAAUUAAAUUCAUACACAAUCUGUGACCAGAAAAAAUUCCUGCAAAAGCGGCUGUGAAUAAGAAUGUCACUCUCUCUCGUAAAUAAAAGAUGUUGCAAUGGUAUUCAAAAAAUGAGAUUUAAGACCAGAAACCAAAUAAAGGCAUCAGUCAGUCAUUGUUGGUGGUAACUAGCGCCAACAACGUGAAAACGAAGAGGACGUUCAUUUAAUAUUUAAAAUUCGCUAUAUAAACAUCAUACGGAUGUUUUAUAGUAGACAGUCUAAACUAGUAAGAAAUGGCAAACCAAACAAAACUGAUCUUGCCUCUAUUACUCGAAAAGAAACCACUUGAGCUUAUUAAACCCUCAAAACACACUCCUUCUGAAACUCUCUCACUUUCUACUUUGGACAAUGAUCUUUUCAAUGAAGUUAUGUACGCAACGAUUUACGUUUUCAAAGCCAACGAAAAGAACCGAACUGAUCCUGCCCCUUUGCUUAGGAAGGCUUUGUCCGAACUUCUUGUCUACUACUAUCCCCUUUCAGGCAAGCUCAUGAGACGAGAGAGUGAUCGAAAACUUCAGCUAGUUUUUUGGGGUGAGGGAGUUCCAUUUGAGGUCGCUACUGCAGCCCUCAACCUCUCCUCUCUAAACUAUAUAGAAAAUCUUGAUGACCAAGUUGCUUUGCGCCUUGUGCCUGAUAUCGAAAUAGACUACGAUAGCAACGUCUCUUAUCAUCCACUAGCUUUGCAGGUGACCAAGUUCGCAUGUGGAGGAUUCACCAUCGGCACGGCGUUGACGCACGCCGUAUGUGAUGGAUUUGGAGUGGCUCAGAUCAUCCAUGCUUUAACCGAGCUGGCUGCAGGAAAGAAAGAGCCAACGGUGAAGCCGGUGUGGCAGAGAGAGCGGUUGCUCGGACAAUUUGAUAAUGAAUUGGCCAAAGUGCCUGGUGGCCAUAUUACUAGUCUUUUAGCCACCUCACCAUAUAUUCCAACUAGUGAUAUGGUAACGGAGACAAUAAACAUUCGGGCUAGGAAUAUAAAGAGGCUUAAAGACUCUUUGAUGAGAGAGUGCGGGUACCCUAAAGAGGGUUUCACAACUUAUGAAGUACUUAGCUCUUGCAUAUGGAAAGCAAGAUCUCGAGCCCUGAAGCUAAACCUUGACGGGAUCACUGUCCUGGGUAUAGCUGUUGGAAUCCGACAUGUUUUAGAUCCGCCACUUCCUAAAGGAUUCUACGGUAACGCCUACAUAGAUGUAUAUAUCGAGUUAACUGUGAGAGAACUCCAAGAAGCAUCAAUCUUCGACAUUGCUAAGCACGUGAAGAAAGCCAAGAAAACAGCGUAUGACAAGGGUUAUCUCGAGGAAGAGCUAAAGAACACGGAGCGAUUGAUGAGGGAUGAUGCGAAAUUUGAAGGGGUAAGCGAUGGACUAUUUUUCCUGACUGACUGGAGGAAUAUUGGUUGGUUCGGAUCAAUGGACUUUGGUUGGAAUGAGCCUGUAAAUCUGCGGCCGUUGAUAGAGCAGAAGAGUGCAGUGCAUAUAGGGAUGAUCUUGAGACCUUCACAACUUGAUCCAUCAAUGGAAGGUGGAGUUAAGGUGAUCAUGACGUUGCCAAGAGUUGCAAUGGUUGACUUCAAGCGAGAGAUGGAUGCUAUGAACAAACUUUACUAUUAGUAUUAUUAGUACCUGGAUUACUUUUCUAUGUGUGUGAGUGAAUGCGUGUUCAAAAAAAAAUGUGCUUAUAUGAAUGCUUCAGUAUGAUCAUCUAGUAUGUCGAAACAAAGAGACCGAUAUUGAUUAAAUUGUAAUUUAUUAUCAUCAUUA